CAGGAAAAAUCUGGGCAGCAGAGAAACCUUGCAGCAGAGCAAGUAUUUGCCUCUCCCCCCCCCCCUCCUCCUCCUCCUCUUCCACUUUGGGAGAAAGCCAGGAAGCAGAGGAGCCUUGAGGGAUUAAAUGGUUUCUUAACUUCCAGGGGGUCUUGAGAUUCUGACCUUGCCACACCAUUAUAUUCUGAGCCAUCAAUACAGCAACAAUGCCACUUCUAAGAAGCAGCUUCGUGUCUUCAAAUGAUAGUAGUGCAAGUGAUAUUUCAACUGUCCCUGGAAUGACUUUUUCAAAUGAAACAGUCCGUUCAGCAAAGAGUUCAACAAGCCUGGCUGAGAAGAAUGGCUAUCGGGACUCUAUUUACCUAAAUGCUGCCAACAUUUUUCAAGGCAUUCAUAAUGAAAAGCCCCAAGAUAAAAUAUUGGUAAAGUAUGGGAAUGGGCCAUUGCCAUCUCUUCCAGAUUUCAAAGAUGAACAUUUCCAACGUUUGUCCUAUGAACUGGCUUUCAGUGCUCUCAAAUAUCAAGAUGUUCUUGAAAAUAUACUCAUAGACAGUGGUAUAUACCCAAUGCAGUCAAUACCAGAUGAAUUGACCAGUUUAGUGAUUGUGAUGCUGUAUGAUCUCCAAGGUCGGAAAUUUGAAGCACGUUAUAAUAUUGAUGAUGAGGAGCCGAUAGCAGAAGUGCAAGAAGUUGAGCAUUGUUUAUGCAGUUUUAAGACAAAACUGGCUGCUGCGUUUGCAAGAUGUCGGAUCAAACAUGAUGCUCUAUCUAUAGAGCACAUUCUGCCAGAAAUGAUACGAAGACAGGAACAGAGGGCUUCUGCGCUGCCCUUGUAUGCAUGGGUAAACACGCUUAAAGCAAGUCUUGAAGAAAUUCAUAGUUCUUUACAGAAAGAGGGAUUCACUAAAGUGGACUCUGUCUCCAAUUUUGGUGGUUAUUCAUAUUGCCUGGAUAUGCACUGUGAAGAUGUACUUAUCUUCCCUUCGUUUCUUAAAGAACAGCUACUUACUCUGGAACUCUUUACUAACCAAAAGCUGCUAUUGCAGGAUAAAUCCCGGAGCCUUGCUGUACAUUCAGUGAAGGCCUUGUUGAACAUGGAUGAUGACAUCUUAGUGGCACACACGAGUUCAUGGCUUACUUUAGCACAUAUGUCAGCGCUGACAAAUCAGGAAACUUCUAAAGUGUUUGUCUGUGGUGUGAAGUCAACAGCAAAAGAAGCUGAACUCAAGGGCUUGUUUGCACAGAUGGAGUGUAAAAAUAUUGAGCUACUACGUGAAGAUUUUACAAGCAUUGAACCCACUAAUAACAAGCUGCAGAAAGUAAAAGUUAUUUUGCUGCUUCCGCGGUGUUCAGGCCUGGGUGUUAGCAACCCCAUAGAAUUUAUUCUAAAUGAACAUGAAGAUGCAGAGUUACUUCGGGAUCUUUCUCAAGGAUCUGUGGCAGAAGAUAAACUGAAUAUGCUUGCUCAACAACAGUUUAAAGAAUUAACACAUGCAAUGCAGUUUAGUAAAGUACAAGCUGUUGUCUACUGCACUUGCUCAGUUUAUCAAGAAGAAAAUGAAGCUGUGGUGAACAAAGCACUGGGUUCUGGAGCAGAAGGAACAAAGGCCCAGCCUUACAAGCUUUGCCCUCCUGUUCUCCCAUUGUGUUGCAAAUCAGAAAUAAAUACAUCCGCAGCAAACUUUUUCAAACUGGAACCAUCAGAUGUUUCUAAUAGCUGUUUUAUAGCAGUUUUAUCUCGAGAGAGGGAUCCAUCUGAGUCAGUGUCAGUGAAAGAUGUCUUAGCUCGUGCUGCAGCGAAAGGGUUACUGGAAGGUAUUGAUUUGGCAAAACCACCCAAGAAAGAAGAGAAGAAGAAAAAGAAGCAGAAAGUAACUCAGCAAAAGAGUGCCAUUAAAGAGGCAGUGAUACAGUCCAAAAUUCAGGAGUUCCUGAAUCGAGAAAUGAAAUUUACCACUAUUGAUUCAGACUCUUCCGUAUCUAAUAUAACUGCCAGUGUCUCUCAGGCUGUGAACCAGACGAAUGGUUCCUUUGUCCUCAAGAAAAGGGCCAAACCCCUCUCAAACUCAUCUCUACCUGUGAUGUCAAAGAACACCGUUGCUUCAACAUCCAUGCAAAAAGUAUUUGAAAGACAGCGAAACAUGAGGAAGCCAAAGUUGGAAGAAAGAGUGAUGAUCUUGAAGCCUGUUGAAAUUGUCUUGCCUCCAGUAAUGAUGCCAUACUUUAACCCACAAGGGAACAGAUCUGAAAUUUCGUCAAACCACUAUUAUUACCGUUGGGUUGGAGGAAGAAAUGGCAUGGUUAGUCCUUCUGCAUCCAAAAAACUGAUCAGGUCAAAAGAGCCCUCACCAUCUUCUACAGCCAAGCAUUUUCGCCCAUAAGAAGCCUGUCUUAUGUAUCUGAUUGUCAUAAUUCUUUCAGAAGUCAAAAUGUGAACUGCUGUAAUGGUAAAAAACAGGUGGCAGUGAAAGCAUGCAUCUCUUUCCAUGCCUGUUAUGGGAGUGGCAAGGGAUUUUAUUAUGUAAUUGCUACAAUCCAGUUGCAGUAAACUUUCAGUGACAAAAUGCUUAGAUCUAAUGUUUACACUCAGAUUAUAUAAAUCAUUAGGGAUAAACUAAGACAAACGUUUAAAUGAGCAAUAGCUGAUUAGAAUACAGCAGAGACAGAUUUUAUCUAAAUACACUUGAUACUGUAUUUUAAGGCAACGAAAUAUAGUUGCAACCAAAAAGGGGCUUCUAAACAUAGAAGUAGGUUAUUAGUGCUCGUUCACUAGGAAUUUCAAUGUAUGUUCUUCAGAAUUUUGAAUACAUUGCCUCUUUUUCUUUCUAAAAUGGGUUCCAGUCUGUAGAGUGAUCUUACAAGACUUCAUUCAAUCUUAUAAUCCACUCAAAUUUUCUCUUUAAAGACAUAAUUUUGAAAGUUUGUGACAAUAUUGGCUUUAAGAACAGACCGUCACUUUUCAUUGUCAUGUUAAUCAGUUUGGACAAGAAAAAAAUUCUGUUUUCUUUUAUAUGGCAGCAUAACUACUGCAUGGUUUCAUUCUGCUACUGCUAGACAGUGAACUUCACUAGGAAGUCAAUAUACAAUUUCAGGUUUAUAAUGUGGCAUAGCAAAAUAGAAGCAAAACCUAUUAAACAAUUCCUGAUUACUGCUUUUCUUAACUGUAGUCUUUUGUUCCCUCCAGCUGGUAUCCAUUAUUAGCCAACUAACAAUUUUCUACAUUCACUUGUAGUAUAUAUUUGGAUGACUUUUUACAUUACAGUGAAGACAAAGUCUUACACUUCUGCCAUUGAUUGUUGUAAUGAUUGAAAUGCAUUCAUACAGGCCUGGCCUUACUAUUAGGUAAGAGUAAGAUAGGUUACCCAAUGCUGGCUUUUUAAAGAAUUGCAGAAAAGUUUUAAAGAACUUUUUAAAGAAUUGCAGAUUGUACUUUGCAGUGUGUUUUCCCCAGGUGUACAAGGGUAUGCAGAUGAGUCCUAGGUACAGCUCACCCUAACCCCUGACUGGUGUCAAGCAUGUGCCUUGGCACCAUUCAAGUGCCAUUUCAUAUGGGGGAAGGAGUAGCAGCUUUAUGCUGGAGAGCAACAACAGUGCUUCAUACCCUGGGUGUUCAAAAGCAGCCAUAUCAGUGAGGGCAGCAGUGGGGUGGGGAGACUACCCUUCAGAACCCUUUAGGAAUAAAGUGCUACUAUUACCCUCAAGAGUAGCAGCAUAGUUAUGCUGACAUAUUUACGUGCCACCAGUACUGAAUGUCAACCACAUGAACACAAAACAAACUCUUAAUGCAGCUAAAUUUAUUCUUGCAACAGAUUACAUUUAAAUGUGUAAAAAGUGGACAAUACUGGAAAAACUUCUCUUUUUCAAAUCAACUACUUCCCGUAAUACCAAGAGCUCCUGCUGAUAAACUCUGUGUUUCCCCCUUUUUCUUAAAGAUAGCAAAAUAAAUCAAACCUACUUCUUCUCAUUCCUCCUUCUCUCAUUCAAAAGCUUGCCAAAGUAUGAUGUUCAUAACAGAGCUCUAGAGGUUGAGUGAAGAGCUAAUGCAAUAAAGAUUGCACUUUACUUACA